UUUCAUAUGAAAAACAAGUGCCUUACAUAAAAGAAGAAAGGCUAUUAAACUUUGUGGAAUGAGAGUUGCCAUAUACCUAUAUAUAUAUCGAAGACAUUCUGCACAAGUUUUGUAUAAUAGUCCACCUAUAAAGUAUGUAAUGAACAGAACUCUUGUAUGUAUAUAUACCAUAUGUGCGAUUUUCCUGUGUAUAAGGUAAACACAAUUUCCGGACUCCUUGAGAUGUGAGCAAUAAGCAUUGACUGGUCUAACCGGAAAAAUGCAUCAAGGUGAUGAAGUUGCUGACCUGGUGCUGGAAUUUAUGUGCUACGUGGAGCCGCAAGCUUUAUCGAUGUGGCGCAGCCAAUCAGGAAUUUUUCUUCACAAGAUGAUUCGCGUCACUUUCCUCCUAUUCGUGGUCGUUCAACUGUUCACACGAUGCUACGGGAUCCAUCAACAUAUGACGAGGGAGGAGCUGAUGUCGGUGUUCCAGACGGACCACGAAUCCGUACCAAUAUACCAAGUGGUGCCAGUAUUACAUUCGGUGCACAAGAGAAAUCCAGAUGCAAAACAGGAAGUGCAUCUCAAGGCGUUCGGAAGAGAUUUCCAUUUGUCCCUGGAGCCAACAGAAAGACUGUGGUCGGGAGAACACUUGCCAAUGUUGACAGUCACUAGAAAUGAUUCGCAACCAAAUGGAUUGGAUUACGAGAUAGUUCCAGAAGCGGGAACAGAUAUUGGUGACGCCUACCAGGAUGAAGAGAAUAUGGCAUCAAUUGUGCUGCACCGGAACGAGGAUGAGAAAGUGCUCGUUCAUGGGAAUAUUGGAUCGGAAUAUGUGAUUCGUCCACUUCCACAGCGUGUGAUAAAUGAAGUCGUGAGUCAAAUUAAAAAUCUUCACGAGCCACAUCUGUUGCCCAAUGUCACGAGGGUGAAAAGGAACCUGAAAAAUACACAUCACCAUGUUGUAUUCAAAAUUUCAGAACGUCCUUUAAACGACGAGUUUAGUGACUUUGCUUUUAUGGAGCCAGAUCAUUUGUCAAAGAAAUUCAGGAAGAAAAGAUCGAUCAGCGUUAGAUCGAAACGUGAUGCGCCAUAUGUAAUUUAUCCUGAAAUUCUUUGUAUAGUAGAUUACGAUGGUUACAGAUUGCACGGCGGUGACAAUGUGCAAAUUAAGCGGUACUUCGUUUCAUUUUGGAAUGGAGUGGAUCUCAGGUACAAAUUACUAAAAGGUCCCAAAAUUAGAAUCAGCAUCGCUGGAAUUAUAAUAUCACGCGGCAGGGACGCGACACCUUAUUUGGAACGAAAUCGCGUUGGACGCGAUGCCAUCGAUUCCGCAGCUGCCUUAACGGAUAUGGGCAAAUAUCUUUUCCGCGAAAGGAGACUUCCGGUCUACGACAUCGCUGUUGCCGUCACAAAAUUAGAUAUGUGCAGGAGGCAAUAUGCGAAUGACGUGUGCAAUAGAGGAACUGCAGGAUUCGCGUAUGUUGGUGGAGCUUGUGUCGUUAACAAGCGGCUCGAAAAAGUAAAUUCUGUCGCUAUCAUCGAGGAUACUGGCGGUUUUAGUGGAAUUAUUGUUGCUGCACAUGAAGUUGGUCACUUAUUAGGAGCCGUGCAUGAUGGUUCGCCACCACCAAGUUACCUUGGUGGACCUGGAGCAGAAAAAUGCCGCUGGGAAGACGGUUACAUCAUGAGUGACCUCAGGCAUACUGAAAAGGGAUUUAAGUGGUCCCAUUGCAGCGUAUCGUCUUUCCAUCAUUUUUUGAAUGGAGAUACAGCGACUUGCCUGUAUAAUGCGCCACACGAAGAUGAAGCACUGCCAAGAGUAUUGCCAGGAAAAUUAUUAUCGCUUGAUGCACAAUGUCGAAAGGAUCGUGGAACGAGCGCUUGCUUUAAAGACGAUCGUGUUUGUGCUCAGCUAUUUUGCUUCGACGCUGGCUCAGGUUACUGUGUGGCUUAUAGACCAGCAGCUGAAGGUUCUCCUUGUGGCGAUGGUCAGUAUUGCUUAAAUGGAAAGUGCGUAGCGGAGCACGAGAACAUCAUUCCAGAUUAUACUCAAAAUGUUCCCACCUACAUAAGGCGAGAUUAUAAUUCUGUCACACAAAGUCGGCCAUAUUACUCGCAAUACGGAAAUACGACGGAAUACAGGUAUCCAUGGGUUACAACUCGCAGCAACUUCGACACUAGAUAUAAAUACUCAACACCCUCUACACCUAGUAGAACAGUUAGUCCCUAUAAAGUUUUUUCACAAUAUACAACACCUGUUUAUAAUAAUAUUAAAAAAACACCAAGCACAACUUGGAAAAAGCCACAGGUUAAAACAACAAGAUAUGUUAACGAUAAAUAUUAUAAUAGUCCCUCAAUAGCAACAACCACGGAAAAAGCUUAUGUUAUUCAUAAUUAUGUGAAAACAUAUUAUCGCUCGACUAAUAAUCCAAAAGCAAAUUAUCCCCAAAGUAAAGUAACUUAUCAAAAAACUUAUCCCUACAAAUAUAAAAGUUCAGCCAGCUCGAUGUCAUAUUCGUCAACGGCCGAUGGAAAUGAAACAGAUGAUGAAGGUCAUGAAACAGAGGCCGAUGAAUGCAAGGACGUGGCGAUUGAUUGCGCAGGGCUGAUCAGCAGGAUGGGAACAUGGCUGUGCCAUCUGCAAUCAGUGAAAAGCCGUUGUUGCGCGUCCCUCAAGGGAAUCUGCAAUAGUUAGAGAGAAAGCAAGAGAAAGAGGAACGAAAAAAAAAAAAAGAACAGAGAAGCUGGUGCUCACUAUAAGGGCGCUAAACCUGUGCAAAUGUCGAUGUUGUAUAAAAUGCAAAUAACUGUCGAUUAUAAUUAUUCGACAAGAACUUUAUUUUCUUUUGUGCACUAAUAGUGAAAAAGAAUGAAAGUUUUCAUUUUUUUUUUUUUUUUUUUUUUUUUUAAACAAACAAAAAAAAAGUGCAAGGAACAAUUUGAAUACCUCGCAACAAUUGUCUUUAUCAUCCUUUUCCCCUCCCCUAAAAAAAAGUCCUCUCUCACAUCAUAAAAAAAAAAUAUUCGGAAACAAUCCGAAUUGGGCUAAAAAAAAAAGUUCUUAAUUCCUAUUAAAUAAGGAAAAUUGGAAAUUUAAAGCCUGAAACAAAAAAAAUCAGAAAUAGUUCUGAUAAAAUUGUGAAAAUGAUCCUGAAAUGAAGUUCAAACGUAAGCUGUGUGUACAAGUGAUGUUUGUUUUAUUUUAAUUUUUUUUUUUUCAUUUUCUAUCUCGUCCUGAUGUUAGAAUGUAUGUAGAGUUAAUGAAGAUUCUUAUUUUGUUUUUUUAAAAAAUAAAUUAAAGAAUCUAUUAAAUUGA